GCAGGCUACGCAGGCUGGGGUCUACCAGAAGUCUUUCUCGGGACAGAGAACUGUGGGUGGUUCAGUUGAAUAGUAGGCUAUCUGAGAGAACUUUGGGUGGUUCAGUUGAACAGUAGGCUAUCUGAGAGAACUUUGGGUGGUUCAGUUGAACAGUAGGCUAUCUGAGAGAACUUUGGGUGGUUCAGUUGAACAGUAGGCUAUCUGAGAGAACUUUGGGUGGUUCAGUUGAACAGUAGGCUAUCUGAGAUAACUUUUUGCUUUCUAGUAUUUUCUGGGGAGAGUCUCUCUCAGUUCUCUGUGUCACUGUGCCUGAGCUCUGAGCUUAGGGCUGUAAGAGACAGUACCUUUGGGCUGUGCAGGCAGUGUCUAACUGUGGGCUAUAAGAGGUUGUAAAGGUUUUGCCUUACUGUGGGCUGGAUGGCUGAGCUGGUGAGAGUGAGGAAGAAACAUCUCCAGACACCUAUCUCCAGGCUGAGGUGUAUGGUCAAGCAAUUGGAAGAGAAAGAUGUGGACUUCGAAGAUCUGAAGAAGAACUUGGACUACACAGCAUCCUUACUGGAAGCUGUUUACUUUGAUGGGACCAGACAGGGUCUGGACACAGAGGAUGACCUCCAGAAGCUGCACUCUGAUGGCGUGCCCACGGAGGUCACUGAUUGGCUGGCUUCAACCUUCACUCAGAGGGCCCGCCACCCCGCCCGCCGCUCUGACGACAAACCAAAGUUCCGCAGCAUCGUCCACGCAGUGCAGGCUGGGAUCUUUGUCGAGAGGAUGUUCAGAAGGGCCUACACUGCUGCCAUGCCUGACCAACCUGCAGCAGUAGUUAACUGUCUCAGGGACAUUGACCGGUGGAACUUUGAUGUGUUUGCCCUGAACACAGCCAGUGAUGACCACGCACUACAGACCCUGGUCUUCGAGCUGGUGACACGAUACGAACUCAACAGCAGAUUCAAGAUCCCAAUCUCCUGUCUGAUGUCCUUCUUGGAGAAGCUGGAGAAAGGCUACAGUAAACACAGCAACCCCUACCACAGCAGUGUCCACGCAGCCGACGUCACACAAACCCUACACUGUCUGCUCUUACGUACAGGACUAGUGCACUGGUUGACUGAACUGGAGGUCCUGGCGUCCCUGUUUGCUGCGGCCAUCCAUGACUACGAACACACUGGAACUACAAACGACUUCCACAUUCACACAAAGUCAGACUUUGCUAUGAUCUACAACGACCGGUCAGUCCAGGAAAGCCACCACAUCAGUGCUGCGUUCCAUCUUCUACAGGACGACCAAUCCAACAUCUUCAUGAACCUCUCCAGAGAACAGUGGAUGGAGCUGCGAGCGCUGGUGAUAGAGAUGGUGUUGGCUACAGACAUGUCGUCUCACCUUGUCCAGGUCAAAGCCAUGAAGGGGUGUCUGCAGCAGCACGAAGGCAUAGACAAACCAAAAGCGCUGUCCCUACUACUGCACACUGCAGACAUCAGCCACCCCUCUAAGCCCUGGAGUCUACACUCUCGCUGGACCAAAGCCCUCAUGGACGAGUUCUUCAGACAGGGUGACAGAGAGGCAGAGCUUGGUCUUCCCUUCUCUCCACUGUGUGAUCGGAACAGCACCCUGGUCGCAGAGUCACAAAUAGGUUUCAUAGACUUCAUAGUAGACCCUACGUUCUCCCUACUGACUGACGUGGCUGAGAAGAUAGUCAUUCCCCUGGUGGAAGACAACCCAGGCCCACCGGACCCCUGCAAUCGACAUAGUAAUCUGUGGAAGGAGAGUUCCAGAGGACUACAGUGGAGCUUGUCUCACAUCACCUCAGAACUGGUCAGCUUCAGAUCCACCUGGACACGACACACAGAAGACAACAAGUUCAAAUGGAAGGAGAGCGGCUCCAAUGGGCUCUUGGAUCAGAUCGUGUCGAAGGAACCGUUGGCUGGUGAAGACGAUGAGCUCUCUGAACAACUGCUGCAGACCCCUUCUAAUGAUGCUAAACAGUAGAUAGGCCUCUCAUGUAGUAUGAUGCCUAUGUAAAUGAUAUGUAAACGGAGGGUUGGGGAGAACUGUUUACAUGUAAUCUUUUACAUGUAAUCUUGAUAAUAAUACAAAAAUGUAACUGUAAUCAGCUACUUUACCAGCUAAAAUAUUGUAAAUGGAUUCCAAAUUCCAAAUACUUUUGAAAAACAAUUACUUAAAAAUUCAGGGAAAGAAUACAUUAUGCCACCUUUCUGUUUCUCAAUGACAUUCAAUUCAGCACUGAAAAAAGGUGCCAGUUUAUGUUUGUUCCACCUGGUUUGAUGGAUCCUUUCCAUCUUCUUCUGAUGUCUCUUAAGGGGAAAGUAAUCAGUUGACAUUACAGAGUGGAGGGGAAAGUAAUCCAAAAGUAACUGAAAGUAAUCAGAUUAUGUUACUGAGUUAAGGGGAUAGUAAGCCAAAAGUAACUGAAACUGAGUUUGGGUAUCCAAAAGUUAAGUUACUGAUUACAAUUUUGGACAGAUAACUAGUAACUGUACCUGAUUACAUUUAGAAAGUAAUCUAUCCAACCCUGUGUAAAUUAUAGUAAUUUAAUGAAGAUUACCAAAACAUGCUGGUCAUGUUAUAUGCUAAUUACCAUACAUGAUUUUACGGUGGUUUGCUUGCAAUUUGUUAACCAGUUAGGAAAACUUUCAUGGAGAAACUUAGCAAAGAUCAUGUAUCAUGGGUAACAUGGGUAACAUGGGUAGCAUGUAUGUUACAUGGAAUAGACGGGUAAUGUCAACGGUACCAGCAGUGAAAGGCUGGCCUUAUCAUGUGGAAGAUGUACGAUUUAAUCAUGUGACUGUUGUUGUUGAUGUAAAGUACAACAAGACAAAACGUUUUCUACUUCUUUAUAUUCUACCCGUACCACGGAGGAGAUGUUGAUGUGCUUUAUAUUCUACCCGUACCACGGAGGAGAUGUUGAUGUGCUUUAUAUUCUACCCGUACCACGGAGGAGAUGUUGAUGUGCUUUAUAUUCUACCCGUACCACGGAGGAGAUGUUGAUGUGCUUUAUAUUCUACCCGUACCACGGAGGAGAUGUUGAUGUGCUUUAUAUUCUACCCGUACCACGGAGGAGAUGUUGAUGUGCUUUAUAUUCUACCCGUACCACGGAGGAGAUGUUGAGGUGCUUUAUAUUCUACCCUUACCACGGAGGAGAUGUUGAUGUGCUUUAUAUUCUACCCGUACCACGGAGGAGAUGUUGAUGUGCUUUAUAUUCUAUCCGUACCACGGAGGAGAUGUUGAUGUGCUUUAUAUUCUACCCGUACCACGGAGGAGAUGUUGAUGUGCUUUAUAUUCUACCCGUACCACGGAGGAGACGUUGAUGUGCUUUAUAUUCUACCCGUACCACGGAGAAGACGUUGAUGUGCUUUAUAUUCUACCCGUACCACGGAGGAGAUGUUGAUGUGCUUUAUAUUCUACCCGUACCACGGAGGAGAUGUUGAUGUGCUUUAUAUUCUACCCGUACCACGGAGGAGAUGUUGAUGUGCUUUAUAUUCUACCCGUACCACGGAGGAGAUGUUGAUGUGCUUUAUAUUCUACCCGUACCACGGAGGAGAUGUUGAUGUGCUUUAUAUUCUACCCUUACCACGGAGGAGAUGUUGAUGUGCUUUAUAUUCUACCCGUACCACGGAGGAGAUGUUGAUGUGCUUUAUAUUCUACCCUUACCACGGAGGAGAUGUUGAUGUGCUUUAUAUUCUAUCCGUACCACGGAGGAGAUGUUGAUGUGCUUUAUAUUCUACCCUUACCACGGAGGAGAUGUUGAUGUGCUUUAUAUUCUACCCGUACCACGGAGGAGAUGUUGAUGUGCUUUAUAUUCUACCCGUACCACGGAGGAGAUGUUGAAGAGUGAUUCUUUAUCUAAUUCUUCAUCUGUUUUCUUUCAAUCCAAAGAAUUGGAAUCGUGAACUAUACUGAACAUACAGGAUAUCAGUAGCCAUUGUCCCAGAUCAUUAGCCAACUCUUCUGACUAUCAGCCAGAAAAAUAGCCUGGAGACCCAUCUAUAGCCAAACUAGCAUUUCUUCUCCACGAUGAGUCUUGAUUUGCUUGCCUCCCUUAAGUUUUGUAGAAUGCGGACACAUUCUGAUCAUUCUGAUUGGUUCCAGAAACCGGUGGGCUGGGCCAGAGCCGGCCUACAUGAUGACAGUUUCAACUUUGAUACUCUGAUUGGUUAGAUUGAUUAGAGACAAUCCAAUCACUGAUUUAAUUGUUUUGUACAACGCCCCUCAUUUUCACAGCAGCACAAAUGACUUCUGGGAUGGCAGCUUCAGAUUUCAGGAUGGCACAGUCAUAGAGCAGAAUAAUUCACUUCAGUAUGACGCGUCAGGCAACCCAGAACUGCCAUAUUGUACAAGUCUUAUAUCUCUAACGUUGUGAUUCUGAGGCCGUCCUACUAUGGACACAGCACAUCAAAGGCAUGACAGACAGUAAUAGUCAGAAGAGUUGAAUGAAGCACUGCAGAUCUGGGACCAGGCUGAGAUAUCAGUCCAAUCCUUCAGCAGAGUACCGUUCACUGGUCCUCCAGUAGGAGGAGCCAAAACUGUGGGGAGGAAGACUGAACCAGGCUACAGUGGUAUUAUGAAAUGCAUUGGGUGAAAACUGGUCACGUUGUGAAAUAUUUAUGUGUUUUAUGCUCGCAGCACCACGUCUAUUGAAUAAUUGAUAAUAGGGUUUUGUUAUAAGUCAACCUUACUUACUCAACAUUAUAGGUCAGUGAUGCAACACUAAAGUCAGAGCCGUAUUGUUGGUAGUUCUUGGCUUGGCAUGAAUUAAAAUGGAUUAUAAAUUGGGUGGUUCGAGCCCUGAAUGCUGAUUGGCUGACAGCCGUGGUAUAUCAGACCGUAUACCACGGUUAUGACAAAACAUGUAUUUGUACUGCUGUACUUACGUUGGUAACCUGUUUAUAAUAGGAAUAAGGCACCUCUGGGGUUUGUGAUAUAUGACCAAUAUAUCACGGCUAAGGGCUGUAUCAAGGCACUCCACUUUGCGUCUUGCCUAAGAACAACCCUUAGCCGUGGUAUAUUGGCCAUAUACCACACCCCCUUGGGCCUUAUUGCUUAAUUAUAGCAUGGAUUAUGAGGAAAGGAAUAAUAUGUUUUGUUUAAAGAAGUAAACACAACGCUUGUCCAAUUUCAACACUUUUAUGUAUCAAACCAUUUUUUUUUAAAUGACAUAUGUAAUCAUUACCAAGUCAAACAAAGUUGAACUAAAAUGCAGAUAUAGAUGGAUUUCAUGUAUCGUAAUUUAUCAUUAAUAAAAAUGAAAUAAAUACACAA